UGUGUAUGACUUGUCAGGCUGCCCCGCCGUCAUGUGCAAAAGGUGCCUAUAAAUUCAGGAGCUUCUUCAACAGUGAACAGAAAGCACACAGCAUGAGAGGUGGACGCUAAAGAGACUAACUGGAUUGUACAUUCUUUCUACUGUGCUGGAUUAUAACUUUCCUGGAAAACUAUUUAGUGAGAGGCAGUUGGCUCACUUCAAAACAGAGUUUAUGGCCCAAGGCAUUUCCACAUCAGAACCGCUUCCAAAGACCAGUGUACUUCUCGAGAAAACUUGAAGCUUUUCUUUACCCUCGCUCAAAGGUGUAGAAAUGGUUGGCAUGAAACCCAAUGACUUGGUGCCCUCUGCGGCAGUUAAGUUCUUCGGAGCAGGCACCGCAGCCUGCAUUGCUGACCUAGUCACCUUUCCAUUGGAUACAGCCAAAGUCAGACUACAGAUUCAGGGAGAGUCUCUGAAAUCUGAAGGCGCUGGUGCCAUGAAGUAUCGGGGAGCGUUUGGCACCAUCACCACCAUGGUGCGCACAGAGGGGCCCAGGAGUCUUUACAACGGACUGGUGGCAGGACUCCAGAGGCAGAUGAGCUUUGCCUCUGUCCGAAUCGGUCUUUACGACUCCAUGAAGCAAUUCUACACUCGAGGCACUGAGAGUGCUGGGAUUGUUACUCGGCUCAUGGCGGGCUGCACCACAGGAGCCAUGGCUGUGGCUUUUGCACAACCAACAGAUGUGGUGAAGGUACGUUUCCAGGCCCAGGUACGACUGGCUGAUGGUGGGAGGAGAUACAACAGCACCCUGGACGCCUACAAGACGAUUGCCCGAGAUGAGGGAGUGCGUGGCCUUUGGAAAGGUUGUAUGCCCAACAUCACCCGUAAUGCCAUUGUAAACUGUACAGAGCUGGUGACCUAUGACAUGAUCAAAGAACUCAUCCUGAAGUAUGACCUAAUGACAGACAACCUGCCGUGCCACUUCACUGCUGCGUUUAGUGCAGGCUUCUGCACAACAGUAGUGGCUUCUCCUGUGGAUGUAGUCAAAACAAGGUUCAUGAAUUCAGGGACUGGCCGGUACAACAGCGCUAUCAGCUGUGCUCUCACCAUGCUGAAACAUGAAGGACCGACAGCCUUCUAUAAAGGGUUCAUGCCUUCUUUCCUGCGACUGGGGUCCUGGAACAUUGUGAUGUUUGUGACAUAUGAACAAAUUAAAAGAGGUAUGACCAGGGCACAACAGUACUGGGAGUCGCCAUUUUGACCUCAUCGCUCUUCAGGCUGUUUCUUCAGACAGGACUGCACACGUACAAAGGCCUAACCUUCACCACGAUGCAGUGGUGACCAGUAGUUGGAAAAGAAGACCUGUAGUUGGAGGGCUUCAUAAGAAGAGAGCUCAAAUGUUUGGUCACAUUACCAACAUGUGUUGUAAGAGCUCACGUUAUAAAGACUCAUGUCAGGAUGCUGUAGCUCUUCAAUUUCCUGAAUGAACACACACUCUGAGGGCAUUGUUGCAAUACCAGAAUGAUUUAAGAUUCAAUUUAUUUAUUUUCAAUUCAGUUAAAUUUUAUUUAUAUAGCGCCAAUUCAUAACAGAAGUUAUCUCAUUGCACUUUUCCUAUAGAGCAGGUCUAGACCGUACUCUUUAUAAUAUUAAUUACAGAGAUCCAACAAAUCCAACCAUGAGCAAGCAUUUGGCGACAGUGGCAAGGAAGAACUUCCUUUAAGAGGCAGAAACCUUGGACAGAACCAGACUCAGAGUGGGCGGCCAUCUGCUGCUACAGUUGGGUUGAGAGAGAGAGAGAGCGAGAGACAGCAGGAGGAAAGAGAGCAUACAGUAGCACAAUGCAAAUUCCACAUAGAAUUUUAAAAUAAUAAUAAUGUAUAUACUAAUAAAAAAUGUAGUAGCGGUUAUCGAACAGGAACAAGGGGACAGUAGGUGGCUCGCAACCACAGAUCCAGACUCUGCAGCUCCGAAGGCAGAAGUUUCUGCUGAAAGUGACAGAAGGAGAGAGGAAAGAGACAAGAAAGCACAAAACUACGGGAGAGAGGUGUCGAUUCAAGUAGAGACAUUUUAUGCAUUUUAAUGGUGAGCCCCUCCAUUACAAAAAUGCUCAUUCAGGUGUAAAAGACGGUGUAUUUUUGUCUCUUAUGGUAAAAUAUACUAGAACCGUGAUACGUAGUUUUGAAGAUGGACUUUCAUGUUUACAAGAAUGAACUGUGAGAUACUAUGAAUAAUGUUAUGACGGAAUUUUAUUUGUUUUCUGGGGUAGGUUUUCCAUGAAAGCAAUAGACAGAUUGAGUCUAUCAACACAGACCUGAACAGUGACCAUUUCUAUGUUCCUUACCUUGCUUUCUGUAUUGUGGAUUGUUUACCAUUGUUUGAGCAUAUGGUCAAGGGUUUAUAGGUUAAUCUAUGUGCUGCUUAUUGUAAAUAGCAUGAUUUAUUGCUGGUCGAUAAGUCAUGUUGUGCACAGUGAUAAAUAAUGCCAAAAUGAAUAAAUUAAGUGCCAUUUUU